AUGGUCGUUGCGGCUCUGAUUGUGGUAGAGGAGGAUGCGGGAUUCCGUAGAUGGAUUCUCGGGAACAGCUACAAAAAUGAAGUCAUAUUCGUAUCUCUACCCCUUAUUAAGUUCGUAUUUGCGUUUACUUUAGCGGCUUUUAUUGGAAAUGUUCUCCUGAGCAUAGAAGUGGGCGUCGCGGGAGCUUUUGAGGCGAGUUCGAGAGCUCGGUUGUUGUGCGCUAUUCCGGAAGGCUUGUUGUUGGCGGCGGUGUUAUGUCCGUUUGCUAUUCGUUAUGUGAGAGAUAGGGAGGCGCUGAUUAACCAGAUCAAGACCUUCGAAAUGGAUAACACUAAAUGCACAGUACGUCAUGAGGAACAUAUCUUCCCUUUAUGA